AUGAAUACGGAUCUUGAAGGUCUUUUGGAAUUUCUUCUUUAUAUUGGUCAAGCAAAACGAACAUUUCGUACUGGUUGGGUAAUACGUGGCGUAGAAAAAGUUGAAAGUGUUGCUGAUCAUAUGUAUCGAAUGGCUGUUAUGUCGCUUUUAUUACCAACUAUAUCUGAAGAAUCAAAAGUGCGUUGUAUGAAAUUAGCACUUGUUCAUGAUUUAGCUGAAUCAGUUGUUGGAGAUUUAACAGAAUUUGAUGGUGUACCAAAAACAGAAAAACGUAGACGAGAAACUGAAGCAAUGCUUUAUUUAACAAGUUUAUUACCCGCUGAUGUUGGUAGAGAAAUAUUCUCAUUAUUUAAUGAAUAUGCUGAUCAAAAAACAAUUGAAUCUAAACUUGUUAAAGAUUUAGAUAUAUUUGAUAUGCUUUUACAAGCUUAUGAAUAUGAAAAAAUUCAAUCUGAAGGUGAAUUUUUAGAAGAUUUUUUUUCGGGUUCUGCUCAUAAUAUAAAAACAACAACAGUUCGACAAUGGCUUAAACAAUUAAUGGAAUGUCGAUCAUCUGGAAAACAAUUUCAAUUACCAUCAGAUUCAAAUCUUAAUACAAUGCUUAAACAUGUUCUUUAUGAUGAUCAAGGAACAUUUUUAUACAAUUUUCCAUCAUCUGAUAUUCGUUCCAAAUCACAUCGUAUUAUAUCAAAUAAAAAUAAACUCGAUAGAUCAACAUCAUCAUCUAUAGAUACAACACAACGUCUGACAAAUCUUGUCAAAGGCUUAAAACAUCAUUACAAUUAA